UCAUCUCACAGAGCUUUAUCCCAAUCCUCUACAAUGCAUGAAAAAUCUGAUUUUGCUUUCUCAAAUCAACCAACAUUUAUUAAGCAGCUACUCUGUGCUAGGCACUGUGCUGGGGACAUAGCUCAUGGGAGGUACACAUUAGACAUAGAAGUGGAAACUAAGACAUACUAUCUAGAACAAUGUCCUAUCUUGUCUACCUUUACUUAGAAGAUCAGAAGGUAUGAGCUUAAAGGGAACCCAAGGCUCCUUGCUCUAAACAUGGCCAACCCUCCACUCCAGCUCGGUGACCGUAGGCAAGUAAUUCAGCACUCUGUGCUUCAGUUUCCCCAGCUGCAAGUGGAAUGGGCUUAGACCUGUAGCACAAAGCCAAGUGCAUGGGAAUGAUGUCACUCCAUCAAUGCCAAAGAAUGAUGGGGGAAAGGAUGAUAAGCAUGAUAAGUCAUUUUAUUAUCCUGGUAAUCAUCAUUCCAAUAGCUGAGUUCCUGAAGGCCUUUGCCUUCACCCCUUCCUACAUAGACAAUGAUCCAUGGUAUUUCCCAAGGCAGAGGUCCUUGAUCAUGGUAUCUCCUUCCCAGGGUAACUUGCUGAAGGCAGAUCUGGGCUGUCUUGGGUUAGUGGGGAGAAUAGAAAUAGUGGGGUGUCCUGGAGUGGGGUGGGGAGGAUGGUGAGAAUGUUAACAGCUGCCGUUCAGAUGUGAAUUGUCCUUUCCACACUUUCCUUGCUCUAUGGAGGUUCAAUUAAAGCAGUGGAGGAGUCAGAAUCCACACCUCUGCAAAUGGGCUCUGUUUCCCAGGGCCCCUCUGUCCCAUUCUUUCCCUGGGCUCUGUGGGUUUUGACACCUCCUUGCCACAUGACAGGGGGCCAUCUCACACCUUGGUCUCAGGAUAAAAACCCCAGCCUGCCUGUUUGGCUCCCCAGUCUCUCCUUGGAGCUGCCCGCCAACCAUGGCUAACUCUCCUCACCAGCAAUUCACCAGGCAGGAGGAUUGGCUGCUACCGCAGGACUGGGGCUGGGGCUGGGGCAGUCACUCAGACUCAACAUCCCCUACCUCCUCUUCUGAUUCAUAUAGCUCAUCCCCAUCCUACGGACACCCAAGCACCACAGAAAGCCUUCCCCAACCUCUGGGGUGCCACACUCAAGAGACCCCUACUUCUGCCCCUUUCCAAAGGAACAGAAAGGAGCAAGGUGGCACAGCCAGUGGGCAGAGGCAGAGUGCCAGUGAGCGUGAGAAGCUGAGGAUGCGCAACCUCUCCCGGGCCUUGCAUGAUUUACGGCGCUAUCUACCACCCUCAGUGGCACCUGUUGGACAGAGUCUGACUAAGAUUGAGACCUUGCGGCUGGCUAUCCGCUACAUUGGCCACCUGUCAGCCCUUCUGGGACUCAGCGAGGAGAGCCUAAGGUGCCGGAGAAGGGAAGGGACAAUGCAGAGCUGCCCACUCUGUCCUGACAGGCUAGGCUGCUGUCCAAUCCGGACCCAGAGCCUCAGCCCAGUCUCCCAAGCUCCUAGGACCUAUUCUCCCCAGCUCCCUGAAGCCUGGGGGUCCCCACCUUCCUGCCCAUUAGUUCUGCCCCAACCCAAGCAGUGUAUGGAGCAGAACCUCAAUGCCAUGUCUUGGGGUUCACCUUCUUGCUGCUUGGGAUCACCAACCAGACUAGACCUGCCUGCAGGAAGACAUCAAGCUGCAGAAUUUGGGAAUCCUUCCCCAGCCUGUCCCGGAACACAGACCCCACCCAAGUUACACUGGGAAAAAGACGCUGAACCUGCUUCCUGGGCAAUAUCUCCGCACUCCUCUGAGUUGACUACUCUAUACCAGGUACAAUAUUUCUUCCUCUAUGUGUCUCCAUGAGAAAUUCAAACCAUUUAAUUGAGAGACAAUUUCCAGACUCAAAUUUGGAACUAGGGAGGACAGUGAUUGGGGGCUGGGGUGUCUCCUAAUCUAAUCUUCAUAGAAUAAGGGAAAGUCAGAAUCAAAAGAAACUUUAAAUAUGAUCUAGCCCAACCCCAUUAUUUUGUGAAUUAAGAUACCCUGCUAUCC